AGAUGCCGCUCCAGCGGCUGCGAUAGUCCACGAUGGGCUCUGUGGGCCGCACGUAGCAGUCGUACAGCACGUCGCCCUCAUAGCUCACAAUGCUACAGCGGGCCAAGGCGCUGAUUUGCCCACGAGGCCCGGUGCCCACCAUCUCACAGUCGAUAGCCACGAACUUGCUGGGCGCUGGGGGCAGCCCGGAGGCUCGCACCGGGCCCUUAGCGGCUUUUUUUGCUCCCUGCGUCCCUUUGGUGCCCGUUUCUUGCGUGAUGCUGCGGGCUGAGGGCUCCCUGCCGCCGGAGGACCCGGGGGGAUCUUUCCCUUCGUGCUCUUUCCGCUCCCCGCCGGCCGCUUUCAGCUUCCUCUUCCUGCCGCGCUUCUUCGGGCGGCCUCCUCCGGGCUGCGGGGCCGCCAGGCGCUCCUUCUGCCUGAGCGCACGUUUCCGCUCCAAAUGCCGUCGCCUCAAGAAGUUCUUAUGCUUACGGUUCCCGGCCGGGACGCGACGGGCGGGCUCGACGACCCCGAAGGUGACGUUGAGGAUGAGGUCCGACAUGCUGAAGCCGGCAGCGCCCAACGCGCCCCCCACCAACGGAAGCGGAAACUGCCGGCAACGGAAGCGCGCCUGCAACUUUGCGCACGCGCGCCGCCCGCACGCAGCCCGUGCGCCUGCGCAGUGGAGUGAUGGCAGAACUGCGCACGCUCUCUGGGCGCCCAGCGGGCGGUUACGCAUGCGCGGCGGCGCGGCGGGAACGCGGAGGGGCCGGGCGGUGACAUCACAGCGUGACAUCACGGCCAUGGCAGGUGCCCCCCGCCCCUCCCUGCACUGGGAGCAGCAGCGAGCUGCAAACAUCGUCCGCCUCCUAUCGCUGUACCGACCCCUCCUCGACUCCUACAUCAUUGACUUCUUCACUGAGGGGCUGUGGGCAAAGCUCCCACCAGCCUGGCAGGCAGCCCUAGAAGUGGCAGACCCCCCGCAGCUGGCAGCCAUGCUGUUGGGGACUGGGGGCAUGGUGGGACAGGGCGCAGUGUGGCCACUCUCCCUGCUGGCCUUCACCACUGCUGUCCAUGCUCUCUCCUUCCCCCGGGGGCAGCUGGGGGGGGCCUCACGCCCACCCUGCCAAAGCCCCCACUUACACCCACUUCUGCGCCGCCACGUCAAGCCCAAGAAGCAGCAUGAGAUCUGGCGCCUGGGCAAGGUACUGCAGCGGCUGAGCCAGGCCACCGGCUGUGAACGUGUGGUGGACGUGGGUGCAGGGCAGGGCCACCUCACGCGUUUCCUGGCCUUCAGUCUUGGCUUGUCUGUCACUGCUGUGGAGGGUGAUGGCCGCCUGGUCAGCCUGGCAGAGCACUUUGACCAGGAGCUGCUGCGGGAGCUGGGGAAAGCCCAGGCACGGGCUGACAGUAGGAGGCUGCCACACUCCCAGCAUCACCCAAACACAGACCCUACAGAUCCUGCAUCCCUUUGUCCCCGAUGCCCUCAACACGUGGCUGGCUGGCUGGACCCGCAGGCACCUGGGCAAGAGUUCCUGCUGGCCCCCACUCCAGGGCCAGCCCUCGCCGCCAGGAACCCACUGGCAUGGCCUGUGGAUAGUGAGCAGGUACUGCUGACAGGGCUUCACGCCUGUGGGGACCUCAGCGUGGCCCUCUUGCGUCACUUCGUCUGCAGCCCCCAGGUGGCUGCUGUCACUUCAGCAGCUUGCUGUUAUAUGAAGCUCUCCACGUGCCCUGAGCCAACUGCUUCCAGCCUUCCGGGCUACCCACUGAGCGCCUGGGUGGCUGGGCUGCCAGGUCACACGCUGUCCUACCGGGCUCGUGAGGCUGCAUGCCAUGCAGUGGAGGAGUACACAGAGCGGCUGCGCAGGGACAGCGAAUGCUUGCGCAUUCACUGCUACCGUGCUGUGCUGGAGACCCUCAUCCAGGCAGCUGAUCCCAGCAAAAAGCAUCUGGGAGUGCAGACAGUGAAGAAAGCCCACACACUCAGUUUCCCCGAGUACGCCCGUUUGGGGCUGACCCUUGUGGGGCUGGACUCAGCUGCUGUGCCUCUGGAUUCAGAGUCGGUGUGCGCCAUGCUGUGUCAGCAGCACAAGGUGGUUGCCUUCUUCAGCCUGGUGCUGCUGUUGGCCCCACUGGUGGAGACCCUCAUCCUGCUUGAUCGCAUACUGUACCUGCGGGAGCAAGGUGGGUGCUGGCGGGGUAGGGAGCUGUGGGAAGCUGCAGGUGCCAACCAUUCCUUUGUCCACAGGUUUCCAGUGUGCCCUCGUGCCCCUCUUCAACCCCCGGUUCUCCCCACGCAACCUGGUGCUGGUGGCCGCACGGGUGCCACUGGAUGCAGUGCUGUCAGGCCUGGACAAGGACAUCCACGAGGACGAAGACAUGGUGAGGGGUGGAGGCGGGCAGGGGCAGGGCUGAGCCCAGUUGCUGGCUGUGAGGCACGAGCUACAAUAAAACCUGGUUUUACAUGGUGCAAGGCUUGGACUGAGUGAGCAGGAGGGGAGGGGGCACACCAGGAUAGUCUG